CUUUCACCUUCUUUUUUUCUCUCUCAUCACACAAAAGAUCCUUUCAACUUAUUACUCUCUCAUUCAUCCUCUUUCGGUUUUCAACUUUUAAACCACAUCUACCAAUGCAAGAAGAAAGAAACUUAAUUGCCCAUUUAAGAGGGAACUAAACCACUGCCACUUAAAAGCCUUUUUAGAGAGAGAGACAGAAAAAAGAGGAUUCUAGAGAGAGAAAGUCAUGCUUCUGUUCUGAUGUUACAAACAAACAAACAAAAGAGCAUGACCCUUCUACCUUCGUAGCUUUUCUAACCUACCUUUUUUUCUCUCUUCCAUUCCCUCAGAAAAAUUAAAGAAACACCAGAUUCAAACAGUCAAAGAUUGGAUCUUUUUUGGAGGUUUUUUGUAAUUAUGGCUGUCCAUGCACAGUGCUACUCUGAUCUUUAUCAGAAUAAUAACAUGGGGUUCGCUAAUUUACCCCAGGAUUGGGUUCUCAUGACUGGUUCCUCUGUUUUUGGAAUUGGGGAUGAAAACAGAGCCUUCUGUCCAUACGAACAACAACUACAAGAUCAAAGGUUUCUUGAGCCUCAAAAAAUUAUGAAUUCCGCUUCUGAUUAUCAUAAUCUUGUUCUAUCUUCAUCAAAUUCGAGAAGAAACGGGAUGAUUGGGUUUCAAAAUUUGUCUUCUGAGCUUGAGAGACAAAGGUUAGAGAUGGACUGUUUUCUUCAUUUUCAGAAUGAGAAAUUAAAAGCUGUGUUGAACGAGGUGACAAGAAGAAGAGAGGUGAUCAUGAUGCAGGGUUACGAAUCAAAGAUGAAGGCGAUAAUGGAGGCAAAAGAACAAAUUUUAAACACUGCAACAUACAGAACAAUAGAGCUUCAAAACUGUUUACUAAUGGCGGAAAAAGAAGCGAAAGAUUGGGAGAAAAAAGCCAUUGAAAACGAAGCCAUGGUUACAGACCUCAACAGAAAGCUAUAUCAAGCUAGAGAAAGAAACUAUGAAGAUGCAGAAUCAGUCUGUAAUGGAGGUGGUGAUCAUGAUCACGAUGAUGAAGAUGAUGAUGACGAUGAGAGAGAAACAAGAGAGAAGAAAAUGUUGGUGGGCAAACCCCUAAAAGGGAGAAUUUUAAGAAGGGAGAAGAAAGAGAUAUACCUGAAACGGAAGGGCAACCAAGUGCAAAAAGGAACCGCUACAGUUACAGUCGAUUCAGGUGGGAUCAACGGUGGAGACUGUAGUGCAGCUGUUCAUUAG